AUGGGUGCUCUCGACUACGACAGGCUCCUAGAAGAAGCUCGUGCUUCCUCCUGGCCUUGGAGCCCCAGGAAUGACCUCUUCCAUGGCACUGCUGUCAAGAAAGGGAAAGGCAGGUCAGAGCUGGGUCACCAAGAGGGACCCUUCUCCCUGCAGGGUGAGGGUCUGGGGUCAGGCAAAGGGGGCAAGGAGUCCCAGGCCCUCAAGCUAGUCAACUACAGAGGCAGCCGUGGGACCCAGGCUUCCUGGCUCUCAGCCGGUGCUCUUCCUGCCAUCCCUGCUGUCCCAGCCCAGAAUGGGGACACUGUCAGGGAGCAAACAGCCGGAGUGUACAUCCGCACCAUGUACCUGGGGAUUCAGAGCCAGCGGCAGAAGGAACACCAGCGACGCUUCUACUGGGCUAUGAUGUAUGAAUAUGCAGACGUCAACAUGUUGCGCCUCCUUGAGACCUUCCUGGAGAGCGCCCCCCAACUGGUGCUACAGCUCUGCAUAAUGAUCCAGAAGAACAGCGCCGAGACUCUGCCCUGUGUCUCCUCUGUGACUUCCCUGAUGUCCCUGGCUUGGGUGCUAGCCUCCUAUCACAAGCUGCUGCGGGACUCCAGGGACGACAAGAAGAGUAUGAGCUACAGAGGGGCCCUCAUCCACCUCUUCUGGCGCCUCUUCACCAUCUCAUCCAGAGUUAUCUCUUUUGCCCUCUUUGCUUCCAUAUUCCAGCUCUACUUCGGGAUCUUCGUGGUGGUUCACUGGUGUGCCAUGGCCUUCUGGAUCAUCCAUGGCGGAACAGACUUCUGUAUGUCCAAGUGGGAGGAGAUCCUCUUCAACAUGGUGGUAGGGAUCGUGUACAUUUUCUGCUGGUUUAACGUCAAGGAAGGGCGGACUCGAUAUCGAAUGUUUGCAUAUUAUACGAUAGUCUUGACAGAGAAUGCUGCCUUGACGUUCCUUUGGUAUUUUUACAGAAACCCGGAGACCACUGACUCCUAUGCGGUGCCAGCACUGUGUUGUGUCUUUAUUAGCUUUGUGGCUGGGAUCGCAUUGAUGCUCUUAUAUUACGGUGUGCUGCAUCCCAUGGGGCCGCGAGCUAAGAUUUUUGCCAGCUCCUGUUGUGCCGAGCUGCUCUGGGGCAUCCCUCUGCCCCCCGAUGUUGAGCCCAUGGCGCCUCAGACCCCUGGGUACCGGGGGACCCAGGUUACGCCUACCAGAGCCGUAACGGAACAACAGGAGGAUCUCACGGCUGACACUUGCUUGCCCGUUUUCCAAGUGAGACCCAUGGGGCCCCCGACCCCGUCGGGGCGUCCUUACCAUCCAGAAGGGCCCCUCAUUAAGAUUGACAUGCCAAGAAAGAGAUACCCCGCUUGGGAUGCUCAUUUUGUAGACAGGAGGUUGAGAAGGACUAUUAACAUUCUGCAGUAUGUCACCCCCACCGCAGUAGGCAUUCGGUAUCGGGACGGACCGCUCCUCUAUGAGUUGCUACAGUAUGAGUCUUCACUCUAAGAGCAUCUUGACCCAAGUUGAGAAGGGGACCUUUAGGUUUGGUUUGCGGUAAACACCGCUUACAAGAAAUAUAACCCUCCCUUCCCCUGAUACACAAAACCACCACCACCACCACCACUACCACCACCACCACCAUCACCACCAACAAUGCUACAAAAAAAAAAAAGAAAAGAAGUCACAACCCCUUCAGAUAAGCUUUCUUUCCAGUCGCUGUAUGUAUACAAAGAUAUUCUCUAUGUUUUGUAAGUAAAAACAAAAAGAAAACUUUUCUUUUGUUUUUUACACAUAAGAAACAGUAUUGAA